CUAUAAGAUCAUUCUGAUCGACACCCUCAAAAUCGUUCCUCCCUACGGCUAUCUCACGGACAUACAAAUCACGUCAAACAUCACAACAGACAACAGCACAAGACAAUGCGAACAUCCUCAUUACUCGCCUUCGGCGUCAGCGCCCUGGCCUGGACAACAAGUGCCCUUGCUCCGCGUCAAGGCUCCGCGCCGUAUUGCCCUCCUCGACCAGCAACACCCGAACAGCAAAAGGUCAUUCUCGCAGAGUUUAUGCAAGCCUUCUACGAAGAACGAAACGCGACCAAGGCCCUCUUGAACCACGUCGCCGAAGACUACAUCCAGCACAACCCUGGCGCCCUCUCCGGCCGCGCGAACUCUCUUGCGGUCCUCGAACCCUUCAUUUCCCCGAACACGGUCAACUACACCAUCAUGAACAAGAACUUCCAAGACAAUAUUGCAUUUAUUCACUACCGGAUGGAUCUUGUGGGCGGAGGACAGCCGUUCGCCGUGGUGGAUGUUUUCAGAUUCAACGGAACUUGCGUCAUGGAACAUUGGGACGUAGCGCAGCAGCGAACUGCAAACUCAACAAAUCCGAUUGCGUUGUUUUAGACCAUGUGGAAGUUGCUGCAUUCAUGACAGUCGGCAUAUAGAUAAUGCACAAUCAUCAACUUUUGGCUCCUACAGCUAUGAUGAAGCUAGACGAAUCGCUCGUGCUCGAAGAAUACCCUGCCUCCUGAAUGGGGCAAGUCGCUAUCCAUAAG